CUCGCCGCAUCCUCCCACAUCUGAGUUUCGCAGACCAUUUCUGCUGACUCCGAAACCGAAGAAAGCCCCUCAGAAACGCAGCGAAGAAGAAGAAGGAGGAGGAGGUGCAGCGGAGCAGUAACGUUUUUCCUGCGGCCAUGUGGGGUUUCAUGGAGGGCUGGCUCACCCCCAGCUCGCUCUUCCUCUUCCUCAACCUCGUCAUCGGCACCAUCUUCCUCACCUCCCGCUUUACCUCCCCCAGGAGAGGGCACCCCGACCACCACCUCGGCCACUCCGACCAGCCGCCGCCGCUCGCCCGCGCCCCUUCCCUCCUCGACCGCGUCAGGUCCAUCGACUUCUCCCUCUACAAGUUCGGCCACCCCGCCGGCGGAUACCCGGAGCCGGCCCAGUACGGGCACUCUUACCCGGAGCACGAUUUCGCCGACCGCCGGGUCGACGCGCCCCCGCCGCUCGCCCGCGCCCCGUCCCUCCUCGAACGGUUCAAGUCCAUCAACUUCUCUCUCCACAUGUUCGACCACCCCGCCGGGUAUCCCGAACCGGACCACGUCCCCGCCCAAGGCUCGUACCCGGAGCCGCAGUUCUCCCACCGGGUCGACUCGCCGCCUCUCGCCCGGGCGCCUUCCCUCGUCGAGCGGCUCAAGUCCUUCGACUUCUCCCUCUACAAAUUCCAAGCGCCGGGCUACGGCCAGCCGCAAGCCGACCACGGCGAGCAUUCACCGGAACAGGAGUACGGGGGCCGAGUCGAGCCGCCACGGCUCGCCCGAGCCCCGUCUCUCCUCGAGCGAGUCAAGUCCAUCAACUUCUCUUCCUUCUACAGAUCGAGCGAACAUGACUCGGACGCAGACGCGCUUCACCACCUCGGAUUCGACUCCGGUUCUGAAGACGACGCCGACGACUCAGCUCCCUACAGUGGCGCGGGUCGGGCCCGUCAGGACCAUCGAGUGAGGAGGAUCAGGUCGGACCCGAGGACAGACGCCCCCGGCGAGGCGCCGGCCAGGCUCCCCGCGAAGAUGAAGAAGUUGGCCAGCGAGAGGUCGGCGGGCGGGCACUCCGAGGAGGAAGAGGAGGACUUCGUGGAGCGCCGGAGGCCCCAGACGGCGAGAGAGGGCAGGAAAAACAGCGGCACGGCGGCGGCGGCGUCCGAGGAAGAAGGAGGAGACGAGAUCGACGCGAAAGCCGACGCCUUCAUCAACCGGUUCAAGCAGCAUCUGAAGUUGCAGAGGCUCGACUCGCUCAAGCGCUUCAGUGAGAUGCUGAGCAGGGGCGCCUCUUGAAGAUGGUGCCGGUUUUGCCCCCCCGCCCCCUCCCUCCGUCGAUCGUGUCCGGAGCAUGGGCAUCGCCGUCAUUUCGCCCCGUCCGACGAGUCAACAACCCGCGAGGAGACGCACAGAAGAAAUGCAGUUCGGUUCGGUACGAACAGAGAGAGAGCGAGAAAAAUUAAGGAAUCCUGAACAUAGUAUAAAAGAUGCACGUGAGCGAACAUUAAAUUUCUUUUCUUUUCUUUUUUGUGUCCCCGUGAGUCAACAUCAAACUCAAUUGUUUUUUUUCUUUUGUGUGUGUUUGGAUACAAAGGGCUAAAAAGCCAAAGGAGAAUCCAAAACUCCAAUGGGAAACGCCUAUCUGAGCAUAUACCGCCAAGAACAAUAUUGGACCAGUCUGCCCGGGGCUUCUGCAGAAAAUGUAGAUUCUGCAGAAAGUUAGCGAGCAAAUCUGCUGGUCCAUUCUUGUAAUGGCAUUCGAAAACGCGGUCGUUUGAUUCGAUUCAGCAAAAGGAUCCCGCUUCAUUGUA